CUUUAAAUGGUCCCGAGUUUCUCUCUUUCACGCUACCGUUGAUUUUCCUGCAAUUAAACUUUGCUGUUUUUGACGUUUUUUGCUUUCAUUUUCUAGCCCAUUCUUCUUCUAUCUUAAAAACAGACAAGGAAGAUAUAAAUGCAUUGAUUUCUUUUCUUUCGGUGAAUAUACCAAUUUUCACAUUGAAUUUUUUGUGGCUGUGAUCAAUGUUUCUUCUUGGGUCCCCAUUGUACUACUAAUUGCUUCAUUUGCUUGUUGAUAUAAUAUGACAAUGGCGGAUGGUAAUUCUAUGUGUCAUUCUGGUAAUGACUUAAACCUUGGCUCGGUGAGGGACUCUCUGAUAAGACAAGAGGACACAAUUGUUUUUAGUCUGAUAGAGAGAGCAAGGUAUCCCGUUAACUCUCGACUGUACAAUCAAACUUUGGGGUUGAUUUCUGGGUUUUCUGGGUCCUUGGUUCAAUUCAUUGUUAAGGAAACGGAGGCUAUUCAAGCCAAGGCCGGGAGGUAUGAGAAUCCAGAGGAAACUCCCUUCUUCCCAAAUGAUCUACCCCCCCCUUUGGUGCCAACUCAUAAGUACCCUCAGGUUUUGCAUCUAGCAGCUGCCUCCGUUAACAUGAAUGAGGACAUAUGGGAUAUGUAUUUCAACAAACUUCUUCCAUUGUUUGUUGCUGAGGGUGAUGAUGGCAACUAUGCAUCAACUGCUGCUAGUGAUCUUAACUGUUUACAGGCCCUUUCUAGAAGAAUCCAUUAUGGAAAAUUUGUGGCUGAAGUUAAAUACAGGGAAGCUCCACAAGAUUAUGAACCUCUAAUUCGUGCUAAGGACAGAGAUGGUCUAAUGAGCUUGUUGACGUUUAAGAAUGUAGAAGAGAUGGUGAAGAAGAGGGUUGCAAAGAAGGCAAUGGUGUUUGGACAGGAAGUAACCGUUGGAAACUAUAGCAGUGAAAAUUACAAGGUUGAUCCCUCCAUAGUUUCUAAUCUCUAUUCAGAAUGGGUAAUGCCUCUCACCAAGCUUGUUGAAGUUGAGUAUCUCCUCCGCAGACUAGACUGAAAAAACAUGUUUUGCUCGUCUGCAAUCAUUAGUGAUCAUUUAUGAAUAUGAAAAUCUAUUUUGCUCAUAAGCAAUCAAUUCUGACCAUUGAUGAGUCUUUCCAUUCUCGGAAAGAACAAAGGAAUCAGACAUCCAUCUCAUGCAAAAGCCAAAAUGCCCCUUUUAGAUAUAGAGAAGCAUGCUCCAACAGGCAUGUGUAUUGGCAUUUCAGUGCAUGUGUUAUGUCUGAUAGAUUAUAUAAGAUUUAGAGACAAAACCAUCAUUUGGCUUUAUUAUGAUAUUCAGUUUUUCACUAUCA